ACUUUGGGGUUCUUCUAUUUGUCGUGUAUACGUCCCUGACUUUUUGACAGCUGACAUAACCUUAAAAAUGUCAGAUAUAACAUCGAACGCAUCGAACGAAAGUCACGAAAAUGAAUACAUUUGUGAAAAUAGUUUAAAUUGUAAUUAAAAAUAAGAUAUUAUGUAACAAUUUACCUUAAACGAUAAGAUAUGUUAUUCGAAAAUUGUUCUCAAGUGUCUUAAAAAUUAUAAAAUGUCAUUGAUCUUAAAACUUUUGAUUUCUUCAUAGUUGACGUGGAAAGCAAUAAAAUGCUGAUAAUUAAAAAUUAAGUGAAUUAAUUGUUUCAAAUAGAUAAAAAAUAAUAAAACAAUGUCGACAAGAAAUCUUACCGAUGCUUUUGUUCUUAUGAGAAAUAAUGCAUUACAAACGAAACAUAUUUAUGCUGAGCAGAAUUUGUCAGAUAGAAUGGCCUUGGUGGAAAUGGGAAGUCCCGAUAGUUUUGAAAUGAAUGGCACAAAUUUGGGAAAUAGUGCACCACCACUUUGGAUAGAUGCUUUAGAGGAAACGCAAUAUAUAUUGAAUCGUCUUCGAAUAAAAAUUGAUGCACUUCUCGAUUUGCAUUCAAAACAAUUAACAAGACCUACAUUGGACGACACACCCCAGGAAGAGAGGCAAAUAGACCAAUUAACGAGAGAAAUAGGCCGAGCUUUUUCUACGGGCUACAGACAAGUGCAAACCAUAAAAAAUGCAUCUCAACAUGAAACAAGACAAGCAGAGCGACGACUUGCAACAAGCGCCGUAAUGGCUUUAUCCUCUGCCCUUCAAGAUAUGGCAAUUCGUUACCGAACUGCUCAAAAUCAUUAUUUACAACAGGUGAAUUCCAGAGAAGAGAGGAAUAGAAAAUUUUUUGAAGAUGAACAAACACAAGUAUUAAAUGGAUCAACGGAUUUGUGGCUCUCGGAAUCGUUUCAGGGCGAUACAAAUUCGAGUUCUUGGAAUGAGGGCCAACAGAAGCAAGAGUCAGUUUUACUAAAUUUUGACGAGGCCGAAGAAAAUAUAAGACAGGCCUUGGAAAGAGAACAAGAAGUUGGUCACAUUGUUCAUAGUAUUUCUGAGUUAAAUCAUAUAUUCAAGGAUCUUGCAAAUAUGGUUCAGGACCAGGGUACUGUCUUGGAUCGAAUUGAUUAUAAUAUCGAGCAGACUCAAGUUCAGGUAUACGAAGGUUAUCAACAGCUUAAAAAAGCUGAUUCUUACCAAAGAACAAAUCGAAAGAUGUAUUGUAUUUUAGUACUCGCUGGAGCAAUUAUUAUUCUUAGUUUUCUCCUUGUUGUAUUCAAAACUUAGUGAAUUUUUUAUACAACUAGUGUAGGCUAAACAUCCAAAGUUAUAUAAAUUAUUACAAGAACAAAUAUUACAAUAGAGAGAAUGUAGAUUAAGAGAACGAAUUUUUUUUAUAAUAUGAAUGUUUUUCUCCUUGUUAUGAAUUUUUAUUAACGUUCAUUGUCAUAUAUGCCAUAAUAAAUUAAAAAAUGUUUUUAAUCAACUUUAGAGAAGUAUUAAGAACAUUUCAUUUUGGGUCAGACUUAACAUUAAUUUGCUUUUCUAAAAAAUGUGUUUAAAUAUUAUUUAAACAUUUCUUCAACUACUAUAAUAUUCAUCAGUAUUUAUUAUAAAAUAUGCGUCAAUGGGAAAUUUAGAUUUGUUCACAAACAGUGGUCCAAUAAUCAAGAACAAAUCUUCUGUUUGUAAUAUAUUGUGGUUGUGUAUACGUUAUAAGUGUAAAUAUGUGCUUUCUUUAUAAAUAAUUAUUGUACAUGUUAUUUAUCUAUUAUUAGCUGUGAAAU